AUGUUCGACGAAGGCAGUGGUGCAAUGGAGAAGAAGCUUCCAUCGAGGCAGUCGCCGGUGCAGCCUAAAAACAAUGGUGUUGUUGGCGAAAAGAAAAGUGAUUACAUAUCGAAUAAAAAUGGACGACAGCGAAAAUAUAAGCAAACGAAUAAUGGCGGCAGAUCACAGGAGCUUUCUCAGAAUACGAAGCCAGUUCAGAAGUACAGCCAAUCGUACGGUGAUAAGAGGCCGCGACCGAGAGGCUAUUAUAAUGAUCGACAAGGUGAAGAGGUAGUGGAAGUUGCCGAGGACCUGUUUGUUGCUGACGAUACAAGCUCUCGCAAGGGCAAUGCAAAUUACCUUUUGAGGUUUUCCUUCACCCCUCGUGGUGACGGCGGACAUUUUGAACAUGGCAGGAACCCUGGCGGCAGGUUUGGCAGAGGAGGUUACUGGACACGUCGGAGGGCACCAACACCUCGCUACAGCCCUGAGCAGUUUCUCCAAGCCAGUUGCCAAUUUGUUGUCAAAGAAGGGGGUGGAUACGCGGAACAGACCAUCAACCCGGAUGCUUUGGUGAACUGGGACAUGGUCGAGCAGGUCAGAACUUUCAGCGUGGAGCCUGCCGUCUGCCCAAUUUGUCUCCAGGCGCCUUCAGCAGGUAAGAUCACUAAGUGUGGACACGUUUACUGCUGGGCGUGUAUACUUCAUCACCUGCAGGAGAAGGAGCUGAUGUCGGACGUGGUUUGUGUAGAAACCAAAGAUUAUAAAGUUGGAGAUGAAAUUGAGAUGAAACUGAUGCGCAAGAGCAAGGGGAGUGUGUAUGUGUGUCCCAAAUCUGAGUGGACAGACAGGGAGGGUGUGCCACAUAAUGUUGAUGAUGGAUCCAUAACCCAGUACAUGAAGCUGUUGUCAGCAACUUGUGAUCAGAUCCAGGAAUACAUUAUCAACAGAGAGAAACAUGAUUUAGACGUGCUACUGCUGGAUGCUGAAGAGUACGAGACUUCCUACAUUCACUUGGCUAGGGACUCUCUUCAGAAACGUGAAGAGGGUUUAAAGAUGAAGAUCCAGGCCCACAGCAUGACUGAUUCAGAGAAGGAGCUCAAACUACUGGACCCAGAUUGUGAAGCAUUGAAGCCAGCCCCUGAACCUGAAGCAGCUGUCGAGGUGAAUCCUUGUGAUGAAGGGGCUGAGGUAACUAAUAUAGCUUUUGUUGUAUGUUUGGGUUCCCCCUGUGGGUUCCGGGGCCCCAUUCCCAGUAUAAUAUAUGCUGAUGCUUUUGAAGACGAAGCAGAGCAGUCCAGGGUCCCAGCAUCGGAGCAGGAAGCAGGUGGUGCCUCAGAGUCUGUGUUUGGCGAGGCCUUUUUGCCUCAAGACUUGUCACAAAGUGAGUUCAGCAUGUCUGGCCACUUGACUCCAGAAGAGGCAGCUGACCACUUGGAGCUGCCCGAAGCAGGAACUGGCUUGUUUUCACAGCAGAGGAAUAGUGGCCGCAACAAGGACACAUACUACUUUUACCAAGCCUCUAGUGGACAGCAUAUCUACCUGAACUCUCUGAAUGCCCAGUGCUUGACCAGGGAGUACGGGAACUUGGAACACAGCCCUGAAGUUAUCAGAGCCAAGAUUGUGGCCAUUGAGAGGAUCUUCAUGAGCGAGGAUGUCCGGAAGCGUCUGAGGUAUCUGAACCACAUCCCGCUGACCUGUGAGUUCCAUGUUGUAGAGCUGAAGUUUCAGCCGCCACUAAUUAGUCGUGAGACGCUUCAGCAUUUCCAAACUGAAUUUGACAAACGUCACAAAGCUCGGCUCCGGAAGAAGAAGGAAGAAAAGGAACGAGCCAGGCAGCAAGAAGUAGAGCAUAAAGCAAGUUUUGGCAUUUAUCCUGAGGUGCAGAUUCCCCUGGACAAUCUGACACAGUUUCCUGCCUCCUUGGGAAGCUUCAGUAGCCUCGGCAGUCUUGAGGGCAGUUUUGGGAGCUCAGUGAGGUCAGACGAUGUUACAGAGACAGUCACUGAAGCUUUAG